AUGGUUGGCCUAGGGCCGAGUGAUCAAGGACGUGAUUCCUUUGAUGUGUGUAUGGUGGCACGUGAAAUUACACCGAGUGCGGUCGGCCGUGAGAGCACCGCACUGAAUGUCGGUAAUGGCGUUGUUGGCGAUUCGCCAUAUGGUGUGGGCGGCCGUGAGGGCACCACACCUAAUGUCAGUAAUGAUAUUGCUGGCGAUACGCCGUAUAGAGUGAACGGCCGUGAGGGCACCACGCUUAACGCCGGUAAUAGCGUUGUUGGCGAUACGCCGUAUAGUGUGGGCGGCCGUAAGGGCACCACACCUAAUGUCAGUAGUGACACUGUUGGAGAUACGCCGUAUAGUGUGGACGGCCGUGAGGGCACCACACCUAAUGUCGGUCAAGACAAAAGCUCUCGUGUAGAGCGUACUAUGGUUGGUAGUAACAAUGGAAACAAUAUUGUCCUGACCCCUAAGGGGUGUAAGGUCUCGAAGAGACAAUCGAGACGCCGAGUAGCAGCUGUAAAGCGCCAGGCGUCCUCACAGUCACAUAGUGAGAUUAGCAAUACACUAUAUUCACUUGUUAAUGGAGUGACUGGUCAUGUUAAUGGCAGUGUUUUCCUUGAAACCAUUCCAUCUUUGGACGCUCUUUGUGAGCUAGAUGAAAUGUCUGAUGGCGAGUUUAGCCAGGCCUUGAAGGCAGGAGAAUUAUCCGAAUAA